UAAAAAUGGCAGGAAAAUUAAAAAUGAAUUCAGUGACGUUUGGUGAUAUAUUGGCCAAAGAUGUGAAGACAAUAGACGAGGCCCAAAGCAGUCUUGGUAUUAAUUUAGAUCGAUUAAAAAAGGAAGGGGCCAGAUUGGGAGCGUAUGCUGCACAAUCCGGCAAAACUACAUGGCUGGUGUGGGGAGUUGUAGUAUUUGUUUGUAUUACAUUCAUUUUAAUGUUUAUGUUAAUUCGCAUCUCGUAA